GUCUUUCUGGAUGUUUUCUCCGCACCAGUCUUUCCUUAUAGCUACAUGGCCACAGUAAUCGCGGAGUGGCAUAGGGAGGACGGGAGGACGAGGCAGGACAGUCGAAAAAAACAGUGAUGGAAACCGUGGAAACAGCCAAGAGACUCAGCACACUCCGAACCAACGGCAGAACGGGCGAAUUAUCCUCAAAGUUAAAGCAAGUGUCAUAGUGGCCGAUAUAUGGAAAGUUUCUUGCGUGCCAAGCGAAGCACCUCGCCUCCCAGCGGCAUAAGAUGAUUGAAGUGCAAGCCAAGCUUCUACGCGAUGUCGUCUACGUCGCUGGAGACAGUGUGGAGUGCUUGGUUACCUUCAUCAACAAGCGUGCAGAUGCCAACGUCGACGAAAGGCCCGAGAACUGCGUCAAGCCAACGCCGGAGAACCUUGCGUGGGCGAGCGCCCAGAUCCACUGCCACUGCUCGGUGGACGAGGCCAAGGUGCACUUUCCCAAGUCUCCGUCGCAAGAACAGAUGGCCACGGGUUCCAAGGACACCUCUUUCAUUCCGUGCCGAGGUGAAGGCGAGAAAGGCUACGUGGUGUUCUCUUCCAAGCCCAAGAUCUUGUUCUGUGACCUCCGUCUUUUGCCAGGAGAAAGCAAGUCGUUCGUGUACAGGGAAACGAUCCCGUCGUCGGUGCCACCCUCAUACAAAGGCCAGGCGGUGAGGUACGCGUACAAGGUCACCAUAGGGGCUCAGAAGGUGAACGCCCGCAUCUGCCUCCUCCGCAUACCCAUCAAAGUGUUCGUCGUCGAAGGCCUGAUGGAGGCGCUGAAGGAGCGCCUUGCCCGGGCGGCCCCCAACAACCCGUUCCUUCCGUCGGCAAGCCGGCAGUCUGUCCUGGAGGUUGCCGUGGACUUCCUCGAAGACCUCACCUCCCGGAGGAGACCCAGCUACUACAACGUGACACACCAGAACGGCCGGGUGGUGCGAUUCUGCCUGCUGAAGACCUCCUUCCGGCUUGGGGAGGACAUCGUGGGCACCUUCGACUUCUCCGAGGCGACGGUGCCGUGCGUCCAGUAUUCGGUGACCCUCCAGAGCGAGGAAGAGGUGCUCGGGGCGGCGUCUGCCAGCGGAGAGGCCGUACUCUCGACCCUGGGGCACUGCAAGCAGCACGCUUUCUGCCUACACCUGCGCACCACCCACCUACACCUGCCCGUGCCGCUGCACGUGACGCCCUCCUUCGCGUCGGACAUAGUGGAGCUGCGCUGGAAGCUUCACUUCGAAUUUGUGAUGACCACGUCUCCUAUAACGAUGCCCGGUUUGCGGCUGCCACCGGGUUCUGGCGAUUGGGCGCCACCAGAAGUGCUCGAUGUGCAGACCAUGGUGUGGGACCUUCCCAUCUGCCUGUUCCCCACCCACCCGGGCCAUGUGAGCAGUGCCCUCAAAGCACCCUCCCAGAUGUCCCUCCAGAUCUGCUGACCUAACCAGGACUCUCAAGUGCCUUGCGUCAACCACCGCGUCGUCUGCUACAGUGAUGGCUGCCGUCUGCUGCUACGAGCAGGUGCCAUCCAGCCAGACAUGCAAAUAACGAUUGUCUGCUAUGCUACGAGCAGAGGGAUCCAUGUAAUGCAAUCAUUCAUCCGGGCAUGGUGAAGACUGUCAUCUGCAACAUCAUCUGCAAUGUCGUCUGCUACAGCGAUGGCUCCCGUUUGCUGCUACGAGCAGAAGGUGCCGUCUGGCCAGACAUGCAAAUAACGAUCAUCUGCUAUGCCAAAGGCAGAAGGAUCUAUGUAAUACAAUCAUUCACCUGGGCAUGGCGACACUGUCUACAUCAUCUGCAAUGUCGUCUGCAACAUUGACGACUCGUCUGCUUCUAUAAGCAGAAAAUGCCAUCCAGCCAGGAGUGCAAGUAACGAUCAUCUGCUACCCUGCAAGCGAAAUGGUCUACAGAAUACAAUCAUUCACCCGGACAUGGUGGCAACUCCCAGCUGAAACAUCAUCUGCGAUGCCGUCUGCUACUGCGAGCAAAAAGUUCCAUUCACCUGGACAUGUAAUGAAGCAUUGUUUAUGCUUAGUCUGCAAGGUCAUCUGCUGUGCUGAGACGCCGUGAUUCCAUUCACCUACAUUUACAAAUGGCUGUCAUCUAGAUUGUCAUCUGCUGUUACAAGCAUAAGAGUUUGUACACUCGGAUGCGCAAACAACCCGUCUGCUAUUCCUUCGGGACAUCGUCCGCUGCAAGCAGCAGCUUUUUCUGUGUCCAGGUGUGUAAAUGAUCAUCUGCAGCUGAAAGUGGGACAUACAACCUCCCCAAACACACAAACAACUGCAGUCCGCAACGUGUAGACAGACGCACUUGCCAGAUAUACUUUUGCCGGAAUCUUGUAUGAGCGGUUGGGUAGCACUAUGCACCCUUUGCUACUAUGACUGGACAACAUCCUUCUCCCUAGUACUUACGGCCAAUGGUCAUCACGUUGUCUGCCGUGCUUGUGCAGGGCACAAGCACGGCAGACGACGUGAUGCUCGUGCUCUGCUGGAAAAGAAAGAGCACCAUUAUCAACUGAGUGAAAAAAUGAUGCCCAGUCAAUUGCGAUCCCCUGCUGCGAGCUCAGCCAAAAGCAUGAUGUCUCCUGCUCAACGUUUCUGCGAUGGAAAAUGUAGCCGCCAACGUCUCCAGACGUUGACGGCCAUUGUGAACCACCUGGCCGAAAUUCCACUCUACCAAGACAGGGUGUGGAUUAUUACUGCAUUUCGGGGAAAGCUUACAGCCGUACACAAAGUUCAAACUAGCUAUGUGGGAGUUCAGCAUAGAAUAGGGGCUAGUUCACAAUUCGUUGCUCUCGUGUGGUCGUGGAGGUGCUUGUUUUUAGCAACUUGGCAGCGUGGGUAGCACACCAAUCGUGCUCUGGACAGCUGUCGGUUUGCACCGCUAACUACCUGUUUCGUUCAAAGACUGGUUCACACACACUUGCGGCGAGAGACCACACUGCUACAGUUUAUCGGAUGACCCUGGAACGCCUCCGGUCGGCGUUUAUUUCCUCAUUUCUCGCGCAUCAUUUCUUCACCAUCGGCGUGAAAUACUUUUGAGGAUGUUACAAACAACCAUGUCGGCUCGAAGCUGAGCGAGUUGGCUCAUUGCUUGUUUAUGGUGCCGGCUGAACAUGUUUAUGGUGCCGGCUGAACAUGUUUAUGGUGCAUGUGCGUGCACACGUUCACGGUGCCAGCGUGCUUCUCUCGUCGUAAGCGGUUACAGCGCAGUUCAUUGCGCUCAAAACACGGAUGUGUGAACCAGUUUUAGGGCAUCUGAAACCCGUUUGCUCACACUUUGAGAACAUCCUCUCUUUGUAAACAAUCUCAUCUGCCAAAGGCAAGGGUAUACGGGGUUCAUCUUUUAGCACCUGGGGUAGGUUUUCUCACUGAUCCCGCUGCACAGAAAUGCGGUUUUGGGACAGCACGACGUCUGGCUAAAAGAAGAAAGCCGUGCAAGUCUGCCGCUGGUUUGGAACGGCAGAACAGGCUCCUCCCAGAAACCUUCUGCUCUUUCCACUUUAGCAAAGCAAACGGUGGAAAGGAGGAAACAACCAACCGUAUCGAGCAGAGCGCUUUGCAAGUGGGGCUUGCCCUGCUGUCCUAGACCUGCAGCAGACUAUGCGGAGUGCAAGUUUGUCUGAUUUUUGCACUGGACUUGCGAGCUCCGAUUGGCUCUGAUUGAAGGAUAGUGGGUAGACCUCAAGGCAGCUAGCAUUGAUGUCUACCCACUAUCCUUCCAAUCAAAGCUUGGCGUUUUGACGUCGCUGCAACCCCUGAGCGAGAAGCAGACGAACUUGUGCUCUGCAUAGCACGACUUAGUUGUGGGAGCUGCGGAAGGUAGGCGGAAAUGACUCACUGUAAAUAUAUCAUUUUGUAUGUUGGGGGGUAUCUCCGUUUUGGGAAGAGCGCGAAAUUCUCAACAUGCCUAGCUUUUUUUUUUUCUUCUUCUCGUAUAGUGUUGGACAGAAAAACUUGUUAAUUGUGUACAGGUUCCCUAAACAACUUCCUCUUUUAUCUGUCUGGAAGGAAUGUGCGACAACUUUUGGCAGCAGUUCGGGUACAUGUUACCGCUCAAGACAUUGAUAGUUUUUUAUAUUUUUGUUUUUUUAGUUGAUCUUUGUUUUUUUGCGGAAGGAAGGUUGGUAUUGAUUGCCGAAUGAAAUGAAGGAGCAUGGAGCACUGGUAGUAGUGAGGAAAAGGGAAUAUACUCGGUUUUUGUACAUUUCUUUGCUACAUAGAUUGCCUAACCUGAUGAAGUGCUCCGGAUGGGAGCGAAAUAAAAAAACAAAAUGUUGAACUUGAUGAACGAAA